CCUCCCCGAAAUUCUUCGGACUUGGUCAACAUCACCCCGAAGUUAGACGGAAGUAUAUAAAGUCCUCAGCAGCGCCCCUACCAUCACUGCCAUCACUACCAGCAGGAUCUAACUACUAGUACUUCAAUCACUACUACUUCUAUUCCUACUGCAGCUAUCGACAAGCAACCAACCGAUCAAGCUCAACCGAACAAAACACCUUCACUUCACUCCAUCCAGAUCCAAACCCAACCACCACCACCACCACCAAAAUGCCCCCCCAACCAACCCCCAUAACAAUCCCCUCAACAACCCACCACCUCUCCGCGCACCUCUACCACCCAACCGCCACCGCCAAACCAACCAGGCCCCUCCCGGCCAUAAUAAUCUCCCACCCCAUGACCGGCAUAAAAGAACAAACCAGCACGACCUACGCGCACUACCUGACCACCUCAGCCGGGGGCGAAGACGGGGACUCAUGCGGAUUCAUAACCCUCACCUUCGACGCAGCGCACCAAGGCCUCAGCACGGGGUACCCGCGGGGCCUAGAAGACCCAUGGCAGCGCAUCGCGGACAUCAAAGCGGCAGUGACCUACCUCUCGACCCUACCGUCUGUCGACCGGGCGCGGAUCGGCGUCCUCGGGAUCUGCGCGUCAGGAGGAUACGUGUGCUCUGCCGCGGCGAGCGAUAUACGGAUUCGGGCUGUGGCGACGGUGUCGGCCGCGUGCGUGGGCCGGAUGGUGCGGUGCGGCGGGGUGCAUGAGCAUUUACAGGAACCGGAUCAGGAGCAGGCGAUGCGCGAGACGUUACUAGACGCUGCUGCGGCUUGGCGAUCAAGAAAUGCAAAGAUGUACUACGGCACCGAGCGUGGGCGACACCCGCGCUCCGAUCAACGAGUCCCCGCCGUCAGCUUUGAUCUGAUGGUCGCGUUCGAUGCGUUUGCGUUUCAACGGUUGAUUGCGCCGCGUCCGCUGCUGAUGAUUGCGGGGGAUAGGGCGCAGACGUUGCAUUUUAGUCGGGAUGCGGUGGCCGCGGCGAGAGAACCGAAGGAGUUGCUUGUUGUUCAGGGCAGGAAUCAUUUCGAUUUGUAUGAUGAUUUGGAGGUGUCGGGGCCGGCGUUGGUGCGGUUUUUUGGGAGGGUUUUGUGAGAAUUGCG